AUGGGAUAAUAGCAAUCACAAUAAAACAAUUUUUUUUGGCCUGCCAAGGGAGAAGUGUAAUUAUGGACUCACUCAUAAAUAAAAGUUAAUUUGUCAUUUUAUCUAAGAUCAUAUCAGAAGGGGAAUCUAAGUUCUCUGAACAAAAUAAUGAAUCUGUAAUCACCUGCCCUAUUGAGUACUCAUUAAGUUGGAUAACAAAGUCAAAUCAGAUUCAUUUUACUUCGACGAAAAUAUCAAAUGGAAUUAAAGUGAAAUUUGUAGUUGAUCAAAGCAAUGGUAAACUUAUAAGUAAUUUAUUCCUUAAAAAUUAGAAACGGAAUAAACAAUAGUUGAGAAAUUUGAAAAAUAAGUAGAUGAGGAACUACAACCUUAAAUAAUGUGGAAAUGUUGGGUCGAGAUUUGGCUUAGCUAAACUAAAAAGAAUGAUAUUGUGCUCAAUAAGUAAGACAGUUUAGAAAAUGUGUAAUUGGAAAGUGGGUUGGGGUCUAUUAGCAAUCCAAUAGUCAAAGUGUAUAGAGAAAGGAGAGGAUAACUACAACUACUGACAAGACAUUUGUGUUAUUCAAAUUAGAAUGAUAAUAAGAAAUCGACCAAAUACUAGAUCAAUAUGUAACUCUGUAAGUCUUAAUUUUGGAUAUUCAAUUGGGAUCUUAAAUAGAAAAUAGUUCCUGAUACUUAUUUUUUGGAAUUGUAAAAUAAAUUAUCAACAGAAUCUCUUUCUUUUUAUCAAUUAACCCUAAAUUGA